AAAGGAAUAUCAAAUAAAAGAAUGUAAACUGUAAAUUCUGUACUCGGUGACACAGUACCCUCUUUUCCAUGAGGGUAUGUUUUGGGGGGAAAAGAGAAAAAAUACCAAAAUGAUUCAUUGUCAUCACAAAUUUAUUUAGAUCGUCUGACCCUUAUCAGUUUCUUUGAUCCAUUAUUUGUACAUUUCUGCGUUUCUGUCAAAUUACCAAGGUACCCCAAUCCCUGUUGCAAAAAAUCUCAAACUCAUUCCAAACACGGAAGCGGAAUCGAUUUAUAUAAAAAGAUAUAAAAAGAGAAAGUUACUUCAUUCAAAAACCAGAAAAUUACCGAAUUCGUAAGCAAUAUACCAGAAUUGGAGGACGAUGAAUUCUUUGAGUAUUCUUUUGUCUGCUCUAUUAGCAUCCUUGCUGCCCUGCCUGGCGGAGGCCCACGGUCGUCUUAUCAUGCCCCCCUCCAGAAGUUCUAUGUGGAGGUACGGUUUCCCGACCCCCGAGAAUGACAAUGAUCACCAGCUUUGGUGUGGAGGGAAAUGGAAUCAAUGGGGAAUUAACAGAGGAAAAUGUGGUAUAUGUGGCGACCCUUACCAGCAAAACCCGCGUGAAAACGAAGCUGGGGGAAAAUACGCUACAGGCAUCAUUUCUAAAUGCUAUCAAUAUCAACCCUCUGGUCAAAACAUGGACAUUCAAGUCGAACUAACAGCCAACCAUCUUGGGUACUUUGAAUUUAGACUCUGUGAACAUAACGACACAUCUACAGCCAUAACUCAAGCCUGCUUAGACAAGAACCUUUUGAGAUUUCCGGACAACAGCACCCGGCACUACGUCAGAGGUAGUGUUUAUGGUGUGAUAAACCUUCAUCUUCAGAUUCCUCCCAGCGUUUCAUGUACUCAGUGUGUUCUGCAGUGGAAGUAUAAUACGGGUAACAGUUGGGGCUGUGACAGAAGCGGAUGUGGAAUGGGCAGAGGUGGUCAGGAGCAGUUUUAUGGAUGUGCAGACAUCGCCAUUCUCAAAAGCUGUGAUCAUUUUACAGGACUCGAUCAACACUCACUCCUCCCGAGUAUUUUUAUUGGGAUUCCAUUCUAAAGACAAA